AGCCAGCCAGGCGGCCCCAAGCAGCCUCCCCCCGGGACAGCACUCAAGCAGCCGGCCGUGGUCUACCCCUGGAUGAAAAAGGUGCACGUGAAUUCAGUGAACCCCAACUACACCGGCGGGGAGCCCAAGCGGUCCCGGACGGCCUACACCAGGCAGCAAGUCCUAGAACUGGAAAAGGAAUUCCAUUUUAACAGGUAUCUGACGCGGCGCCGUCGGAUUGAAAUCGCUCACACCCUGUGUCUGUCCGAACGGCAGAUCAAGAUCUGGUUCCAGAACCGGAGGAUGAAGUGGAAAAAAGAUCACAAGCUGCCCAACACCAAAGGCAGGUCAUCGUCCUCAUCUUCCUCCUCCUCCUGCUCCUCUUCAGCCACCCCCGGCCAGCAUUUGCAGCCGAUGGCCAAGGACCACCACACAGACCUGACGACUUUAUAGAAGUGGGGACCCUGGGCCCAUCCCUCCCUGCGCUACAGGCUGAGCCGAAGCUGCGGGGGCAGGCCGGGCCUGCUGUCACCUUGCUGGGCUCUAAGGUACUGUGGGGGUGGACCUGGGACACGCAGGCCGCCCUCGGACUAGGUUAACAUCCUGCCCGAGGGCAGCCCCCUCCCUAGAGCGGAGAUGGGGGUGGGAUGGGGGGGCGGGAUUUUCUAAGUAUUAUCAUAUGGCAGGAGCUACUGAGAACAUAAAACCUUGCCGAGUCAUUAAACUCAUGAAAAUCUC